GGGGAAGACGGAGCGGGCUCUGUGCCGGGCGGGCGGGCGGCGGGGGGGCCAGCGACCGCAGCCGGGGGGACGCGGGAGGAUGGAGCAAGUGGAGAUCCUGAGGAAAUUCAUCCAGAGGGUCCAGGCCAUGAAGAGUCCUGACCACAAUGGGGAGGACAACUUCGCCCGGGACUUCAUGCGGUUAAGAAGAUUGUCUACCAAAUAUAGAACAGAAAAGAUAUAUCCCACAGCCACUGGAGAAAAAGAAGAAAAUGUUAAAAAGAACAGAUACAAGGACAUACUGCCAUUUGAUCACAGCCGAGUUAAAUUGACAUUAAAGACUCCUUCACAAGAUUCAGACUAUAUCAAUGCAAAUUUUAUAAAGGGCGUCUAUGGGCCAAAAGCAUAUGUAGCAACUCAAGGACCUUUAGCAAAUACAGUAAUAGAUUUUUGGAGGAUGAUAUGGGAAUAUAAUGUUGUGAUCAUUGUAAUGGCCUGCCGAGAAUUUGAGAUGGGAAGGAAAAAAUGUGAGCGCUAUUGGCCUCUGUAUGGAGAAGACCCCAUAACGUUUGCACCAUUUAAAAUUUCUUGUGAGGAUGAACAAGCAAGAACAGACUACUUCAUUAGGACACUGUUACUUGAAUUUCAAAACGAAUCUCGUAGGCUGUAUCAGUUUCAUUAUGUGAACUGGCCAGACCAUGAUGUUCCUUCAUCAUUUGAUUCUAUUCUGGACAUGAUAAGCUUAAUGAGGAAAUAUCAAGAACAUGAAGAUGUUCCUAUUUGUAUUCAUUGCAGUGCAGGCUGUGGAAGAACAGGUGCCAUUUGUGCCAUAGAUUAUACGUGGAAUUUACUAAAAGCUGGGAAAAUACCAGAGGAAUUUAAUGUAUUUAAUUUAAUACAAGAAAUGAGAACACAAAGGCAUUCUGCAGUACAAACAAAGGAGCAAUAUGAGCUUGUUCAUAGAGCUAUUGCCCAGCUGUUUGAAAAACAGCUACAACUAUAUGAAAUUCAUGGAGCUCAGAAAAUUGCUGAUGGAGUGAAUGAAAUUAACACUGAAAACAUGGUCAGCUCCAUAGAGCCUGAAAAACAAGAUUCACCUCCUCCAAAACCACCAAGAACCCGCAGUUGCCUUGUUGAAGGGGAUGCUAAAGAAGAAAUACUGCAGCCACCAGAACCUCAUCCAGUGCCACCCAUCUUGACACCUUCUCCCCCUUCAGCUUUUCCAACAGUCACUACUGUGUGGCAGGACAAUGAUAGAUACCAUCCAAAGCCAGUGUUGCAUAUGGUUUCAUCAGAACAACAUUCAGCAGACCUCAACAGAAACUAUAGUAAAUCAACAGAACUUCCAGGGAAAAAUGAAUCAACAAUUGAACAGAUGGAUAAAAAAUUGGAACGAAAUUUAAGUUUUGAGAUUAAGAAGGUCCCUCUCCAAGAGGGACCAAAAAGUUUUGAUGGGAACACUCUUUUGAAUAGGGGACAUGCAAUUAAAAUUAAAUGUGCUUCACCUUGUAUAACUGAUAAAAUCUCUAAGCCACAGGAAUUAAGUUCAGAUCUAAAUGUCAGUGAUACUUCUCAGAAUUCUUGUGUGGACUGCAGUGUAACACAAUCAAACAAAGUUUCAGUUACUCCACCAGAAGAAUCCCAGAAUUCAGACACACCUCCAAGGCCAGACCGCUUGCCUCUUGAUGAGAAAGGACAUGUAACGUGGUCAUUUCAUGGACCUGAAAAUGCCAUGCCCAUACCUGAUUUAUCUGAAGGCAAUUCCUCAGAUAUCAACUAUCAAACUAUGAAAACUGUGAGUUUAACACCAAGUCCUACAACACAAGUUGAAACACCUGAUCUUGUGGAUCAUGAUAACACUUCACCACUCUUCAGAACACCCCUCAGUUUUACUAAUCCACUUCACUCUGACGACUCAGACUCAGAUGAAAGAAACUCUGAUGGUGCUGUGACCCAGAAUAAAACUAAUAUUUCAACAGCAAGUGCCACAGUUUCUGCUGCCACUAGUACUGAAAGCAUUUCUACUAGGAAAGUAUUGCCAAUGUCCAUUGCUAGACAUAAUAUAGCAGGAACAAUACAUUCAGGUGCUGAAAAAGCCAUCUCUUCACUGUGCGCUGUUAGUAGCAAGAGGGCAAGGAGACAUAUGGUGAUGACUCAGACUACCACUGCUGGAUAAGGUAGACAGUUCUUUAGUGGCAAGAGAGAGUUCUGGUACUCUUGGUAGAUGUAUCAAGUAUUGGACUGGAACUCUUCUUUCAGGAGGACCCAGAAGCUGUAUUUUCUUGUGUCUCCAGCUAACUAAAUGUAGGAGGGGCAAAAGCCAUCAUACUCACCUCAUGAGUGUUGAAAAUUGACAAGACCUGUGCAUAGGCAACAGGUGUGGUAAAAUAGCAGAGUAUCAUGGCAGAACUGUGUGUUCAUUUAAGAAAAAUGGGCAAGGCUCAAGACAAAAUAAUAUAGGACCGUCGCAUUUCUUUUUCUUUAUCCCACCCUCCCUAGCCUGAGAGUUCACACACAGAAUUGUAUCCUCAUAUUUUCUUUCUAUGCCUCCAGUGAAAACUCAAAAGAUCAAAUACACUCAUUUACCUUAAGCCAUAAUAAAGCUAACCAGUGAGGCUUACUUAAUGCGCUGUCUUUCCCAAGAGCUAAUUUUGUUUUUGCUAGUGAAAAACCUGUAUAUAGCUUCAGUCAGCAUUCUCAAAGUACAGCCAUGUGCCACUGUACACAAAAUCUUUAGCAAUAAAUAAAUGAAGAUUUUUUUAAAAACUUUAAUAGCUGUAUCUUUAUCUGUUUUGGAAAAAUAACUAGUAUUUCCAAUGUUAUUUCAGUUAUCGCUGUUUAAGACAUGACUGAGGUACACAGUUAAGUUUAAAAUGAGUCAGAUUUCAAAAGUGAAUAGGACACAUGUUACAUAGUAUGGCAAAAAUCAUGAAAGGUGUUAAGCAAUUGAAUCCUGUUUGGGAAACACUGGCUUAGGUGUUUCAUAAUGCAAAUGACCAAAGCUUUCCUUUUUGGACACAAAGCAUCAUCAGUACGCUCAGUAGAGAAGUCACUUGCCAGCUGACUUCUCUACUGAAGAUUCCCUUCAGGCUUGGAGAACUGAAUGAUGUCUGUAGAGUGGCAGGAAAGUCAUGGGAGAGUCGUUUUCUGUAUACAGUAUCUUUGCUCAAUAAGCAUCAUAAUUCUUCUUGAUAAUGAGUUGAGGGGAAAAGGUUUCUUGCAUUUUUUUGCAUUUUUAAAAACUGAUCUAGAUACUUGUGACAGGAAUUUUUAGGAUGUCAAGAAAGCUCUCUGAUUUUGUUUAGAUGACAUGUUAAUUUG